UUUGUAAUUCCAACAAUGGAAAACGAAAGUUUUGAGAUUGUUCAAGACUCAAGUUACUUUAGAGACAACUCUUUUCUAUCUCCCCCUAACGAAGCACUGCGCAUCCAAGAGAAUGAAAUACAGAAACUUAAAAAGUUAAAUUUUAACUUAAAGUUGCGCAUUUGUCAGUUAGAAGAAAGACUCGGACUGGAGUUGACAGGGAACGAAGAAGUCAACUUGACAAGACGAGUUUCAGCUUAUUCUGACUCCGAAGAAAGGGAUUCUCCUUAUCCCUCUAGAACAAGCAUCUUAAAAGAGCUUGAAGAAGAAAUAUAUCGCAGAGAUCUCUUGUUGACAAAGGCAAGAACAGUGAUCCUCUCUCUACAAAAGCAGCUUUCCCAUGAAGACAAAAGGCACAUGAACGAUAAAAUCAAUCAGAGUAGGCAAAUUAAUGACUCUACUAACAACUACGAAGCAGAAUUGAAAAAGAUUAGAGAAGAAUCAAUUGUCCCUCGACUUGUGGUCGUUUCUCAAAGAAUUCUUGAAAAACUUCAACCUUACGAGUGGGAAUCUUAUGAAGUCGAUGAAUUUCCAAGUUAUGCAAAUCUUAGUUACGUCCUAAAUAACCUCACGUUGAUUGAAGAGAAAGUGAAAGCAUUUUGCGAAAUUAACAGUGAUAUUAAGGAUAUACCAAGCUCAAUUAAUUCUAAACUCGAUAUUUCUCUUCGAAAUUCCUUCAGCCUGAAAGACGAAACUGAUAAAGAGAAUAUUAAAGGUCCUUAUUCUGGACAUCAGCAGUCUCCAUUGGAAAAUGUUCUUCAACAGUCAUGCAACUCAUCCUCCCUCAUGGAAGCUGAUUCUGCUAAAAAACACCAGUUUCAAACAACUUGGGGCGAAUUUUUGGAUUCUAUUCGUGAACUUGGCGAACUAACUUUUGGAUGCGACCAACUCUUGGGCAAUACCAAAGAAGUGACAUGGCCAUCACCAAUACCAUUAAAAGGUGCUUCUUGUGAUCCAGAUGAACUACAAAACUGUGUUUAUUAUGUGCUUACGUUACAACACCAUCUGCGGAAUAUCAAAAUGAAACUGAGAACCUAUUCAGGAAGGUUCCAAAAAGAAAGUCCUAUGUUCCAAGAUCAACCGAUGACUGUUGUACAGUCGUUGCAAAAUUCUUAUAGCGCUUUAGCUGACAAGGAAAUUCCAUUCGAUCUGAAAUUGUCUGAAGUGUCCUAUCCAUGCCCAGACAAGUCUUCUGCCUUGACAAAAACUAAUAUCAACAAUCCUGUUUCGAGUGAAUUUUUUGCUCAACGAAACAUCGAAGGAAAGGAAUGCGUACAUAAUGUAUUGAAGAGCUUGACCCAGUUCCAACAGUCAGUGUACUUUGAAAAGCUUCAGAAAAUGCUUGCAGAGACGGUAUCGCUCGAUGCUAAAAUUCAACAAACGCAGCAGAAAAUACUAAAAAUUCAACAGAACCAAUCUUUGCAAAAUUGCUCUAGCAUCAAUAUACUCCGAUCACUAUCAAAAAGAAAGGAAGCAAGUUUUGAAGAUAUGAACAGUGACGACUCGUCUUCUGACAAUGUUAAUGGUCUUGCAUCUGUCAAGAAGUACCAAGAAAGCUUUUACAACCUUGCUUCCUUUGUCUCAGGUGCCUUUACUAUUUUUGAAGAAAUGGAGUCGGAUCUUCAAGUUGUCAUCUCCGAAAAGGCGAUUGUCGACACAACAGAAUUAGAUCGUUUGCUUACCUGGGGACAAAGUGUCCUGGCUCCUUCUCCCUUUUCUCCUGGCUCAAGUAGGCAGCAAGAAUAUGUUCUGACUGUAUGGGGCGAAGAGAAAACUGUACAAGAAGGACUCAACUUGCUAAGAAAUACUGCAGAGAUUAUAAAACAGAAUCUGGACCUUGAAAAGAAACAAGAUAACGACCAAAGCUUGAAGGACACGAUGAAGUUAGCAAAGUCGUUGACUGUUUCUUACAACUUCGUAGAAAGACUUGCGCAUACGAUUGCCACUAAACAAAACCUUUUGAAUCAGAGAUUGGGCAACAUGGAAAGGCGCUUGGAGGACUUGAAAAGUACUGCUCCACCAAAGUCCCGACAUGGUAAAGGUACUGACUUGCUUCUGGCUGUGACCAAGAUGUCACCUAUGCCCAAGUCUCAAAGUCACAGAGGAAGUAGUCACAAGGCAUUGAAGAAGUGGGUUCUGGAGCAGAUCUCGGAAACUCAACGCACCAUUCAACAAACCCAAAAAAGUUUGGAUCAUGAAAGAAAAUAUUUGCUUUUUAGUUGGCUCUCAUCUUCCUCUAAGUGACAGAUAAGCUUCUCUAAGUUUUUGCCAACCUCUAUUCGAUCUAAACUU